AUGAAGCUACUUGAUAGUUUUUUCACGAUCCACUUAUCGGAAUUGGUCAAUUCCAAAAACCCAGAUGGGUUAAUAUAUAUUAGUGAUAUUGUACGAAGCAACACGAAUCCCAAUUUCGGGAUCGUAAAUCUACCUAGCUUACCGAAUAAUUUGAUGAACUGCAAAAGCAUUAUACUAAAGAUUUGGUGUCGAGAGUCUGAAGUGUACAUACAAGAUCAAGCAUGGAAAUUAAUGAGCUUCAUAGAAUUAUACUUACCAACUUUGAAACAGAUAUCUAGUAAUACCGACGAGGACUUAUUUAACGACAAUUCCAUAGUCUUUAACUUAAAUGGACGAUACUAUACAUUCCAAGAGUGUUAUAAACGUGAAAUGAAACAAGAAAGGGAACUAACCAGUCAUAGUAUAUCAUAUUCAUUUGAUUCAAUUAGAAGUUUGAAUAAUUCCCAUAAAUUGAUUAAAGAAUUGAGUGAGCUGAAGCUGAAAUUGGGACAACAGAUUCAUAUGAAGCUUAAAACUUUGGAUACUGAUCUCCAAGAUACUGAGAAGUAUAGGAUAAUGAUUCAAAGAUUAAACAAGCUAAUUAUAAAACAAAAGUCUAUAAAUGACAACAUAUUAUCAGAAAUAGUAUCUAAAAAAAUAAAGAUAAACCAAACAAAGACAGUUAUUGAAGAAGAUUUCCCGAUUAUUAAAAAAAUGGGUCAAAAUCGAUUAGAUAUCGUGAAAUCCCAAAUUGAGCCAAUAACUGAAAAUUUAAAUCAAUUAAUCUAUCCUUCGAUAAUUAGUAAAUUGCAAGAGUAUGGGAAAGUCACCCAGGAGAUCAUAUUGAUUGAUAAAUCCCCCCAAUCAAUUCGGUAUACAAUCAUGGGAUUAGAAUUUCCUUCCACCAUCAAAGAGUUGUUAGACAUUUGUUAUUAUAAUAAGUAUGACUUGUCCAAUACUUAUGAGGAUGACAUCAUUUCCAUGAUAAGUGAAGAUGUCCAUCAGCUUAAUAUUGAUAUUAUCAAUUCGGGACUUUCCUUCAUUAUUCAAUUACUUAUAAAUUUAUCAGAGAUUACUCGUCUGCAUUUGAAAUAUCGCCUAAUAUUGAAUGGAAGUGAAUGCUAUAUAGUAGAUCUGGUGACCAGCUUGAAUAACCUUGAUCCGAUUCAAAAACAAAGAAACGAUACCUACCUACAGCAUUUGAAAAGACAGUUAAAAAUCAUUUAUGGAGAUAGUUAUAGUGAUUUAUUGAUAUAUCCAUUAUAUCAUGAUCUCCAACAAGUGGAGAAACAGGGAAUGGACUACUAUGGAGAUUCUGGGUCAAAAUACUUAAUUAAAAACCCUGAUUUCGAACAAGGAUUAAAGUUACUAAAUAAAAACUUGGUCUAUUUAAUCAAUCAUGUGACUGAUAUUUAUAACAAGACUGGCAGUAAAGACCACCAGAAUAACCAAAUUUCAAAUAACAUUCCAAUCGACUGCUUAGACAAUUUCCUCUGGAACUUACAAUUCUUACUAUUAUUUAUUACAGCUCCCACCAGUUAA